GAUUAUCUUAAUAACCCAUUUGUUUUCAGAUAAAAAAUGGGUAGAAAUCUCAGUCCAGUGCUACGGCGAGAAUUGGCAAAUCUUGACAAAGAUGCUGAUAGUCGUAGAUCAGCAAUGAGAGCAUUGAAAUCAUAUGUGAAAGGCUUGGAUUCUAAGGCAAUUCCUCUUUUUCUUGCACAAGUUUCUGAAACCAAAGAAAGUGGUUCAGUGUCUGGGGAGUACACUAUUUCACUCUAUGAAGUUCUUGCCCGUGUCCAUGGGGUCAACAUUGUUCCUCAAAUUGAUAGCAUAAUGACUACCAUUAUCAAGACCUUGGCUUCAAGUGCAGGGUCUUUUCCACUUCAACAAGCGUGCUCUAAAGUGGUACCAGCAAUUGCAAGAUAUGGUAUGGAUCCAACAAACACAGACCAAGAAAAGAAGAGGCAUAUAAUUCAUUCUCUUUGUAAGCCUCUCGCAGAAGCCCUAUUAGGUUCUCAGGAAAGCCUUAGUUCUGGGGCUGCCCUUUGCUUAAGAGCUCUUGUGGAAUCAGAUAACUGGAGGUUUGCUUCAGAUGAGAUGGUGAAUAAGGUUUGUCAAAAUGUAGCUGUUGCUUUGGAGGAGAAGUCUACCCAGACUAAUUCGCAUAUGGGCUUGGUUAUGGCUUUGGCAAAGCAUAAUGCUUUAAUAGUUGAAGCCUAUGCAAGACUGUCAAUACAGUCUGGCUUGCGUAUUUUGAAUGCUGGUGUUGUAGAGAGUAAUUCUCAAAAAAGGUUGUCUGCUAUUCAAAUGGUCAAUUUCUUGAUGAAGUGUUUAGAUCCUAGAAGCAUAUAUUCAGAGGUUGAUUUAAUAAUUGGGGAGAUGGAAAAGUGCCAAUCUGAUCAGAUGGCUUAUGUUAGUGGAGCUGCUUUUGAAGCUUUGCAGACUGCGAAAAAGAUAUCUAUAGAGAAAGAAUCAAAAUUUGAGAAGAGUCCUGGCUCAGUUACUGGUUCAAACUUUGGUAGGAGAGACAACAAAUCGAGGAGGAAUCAAUCUCCUUCUGGAACUCAUUCUCCAGUAUCCAUAUCACCUGAAUCACAGACUCUUGAUUCCUUUAUUGAAUAUGACUCUUUGGCUGAGUCUCCUAUUUCAACUAAUAUGGAGUAUGACCGAAGGAGUGUGAACAGAAAACUAUGGAGCUAUGAGAAUGGAGGGGUAGAUGUAUCUCUCAGUGAUGGUUUGUUUUCAGAGUUGGCUCGUGGAAAUCCCAUUGAUGAUGCAUUUUCCAAUCACUCUGAGCAUAAUGAGCUUGCUGAAAGUGAAGGAGACUAUGCUGGAGAUUUUGGAGGGUUCAUACCAAGAACUCCUAGAAAUGGAUUAAGGAGUACUACUCCCAGUCCUCAGAGGUCACGCUCCCAUAUAAAUGUUGACAACAUUAAUAUGUUCACGACUCCAAGAAAGCUCAUUCGCUCACUUCAGGAUCCUAAUGAUAUGGAUUCAGACUUCUCUGAGAAACAAAGCAGAAGGUUUAUGAGUCCAUGCCCAAACAAAUUUGAUUAUAGUCCAAAUAUGAAGUUCAGCAGAAAUGGCUUUCAACAUAAUGUAGGUUAUGAGGUUGAAGAGAACAGAAACUUUUAUGCUGGUACUGAGCUAUUCCAAGAUACUUCUGAGUCAGUGUCAUCAACGGAUGAUGUUCCAGUUGACACUAAGGUGCAAGUAUCUUCUGCAAAUAAAGAUGAUACUCCAAAGUUUCACAGUGGGAAGGGCUACCGGAAGAAGCCUUAUAGGUUGAUUAUAGGCCUGUUUUUUGCUCUUCUUGCAAUUUUUACCUCAAUAAUGUGGAUUGAUACUCAGGAAGGUCAACAUCUUGUUCCAACUUAGUUAAGUCGUUGUUGUAUUGAAAUGGUUUAGCAGACUUCAGUGAAUCAUUGUGAGAAACUGAGAAUACUAUGGUCUCCGUUCAAUAUUAAACAAGUUGUUCCAACCCUUAGUUGGAUGCUUGAAUAGAUAAAUUACUUGUUUUGGCUUAACAUAGUAUUGCUCCUUUAGAACAA